AAAAUUCAGAAGACCCCAGCUACUUGCAAAUAUCAUGAGGGUUCUCCUUACUGGUGGUAGUGGCUUCAUUGGCAAGCACUGUCUAGCAUAUCUUCUGGAGAAUGGUCAUACUGUUGUUACCACAGUGCGCAGCGCUGCAAAGGGAAGAGAAUGCCUGGAAAAGUAUCCUAAAUCCCUCAAUACUCUCUCCUAUAUCAUUGUUGAGGAUAUCAGGCGGUCCGGAGCCUUCGACGAGGCCGUUCAGUCCCAACCAUUCGACGCUGUGGUGCAUACUGCGAGCCCCUUUCACUAUCAUGCAGCUGACCUCAAGCUGGACAUGAUAGAUCCUGCUAUCAUGGGGACAAUGGAGAUCCUGGGAUCGAUCAAAAAUUAUGCUCCCUCUGUCAAACGAGUUGUCAUUACCUCCUCCUUUGCUGCCGUUGUGAACUUUCAGGAAGAGGUGCCAUUCUAUACCUCAGAUUGUUGGAAUCCUAUCACAAUGGAGCAGUCAUUGACAAAUGGCCAGCUUGCAUAUGUGGGAAGCAAAAAAUUUGCCGAAAAAGCUGCUUGGGACUUUAUGCACAACGAAAAUCCGGCCUUUACCCUCUCUACCAUCAACCCUGUUCUUGUUUUUGGACCCACGAUUUCUCGAUUGAACUCUUUAGCGGAUGUCAACACAUCCAAUGCCAUUUUUCGGGAUUUCAUAGAUGGAAAGCUGAAGUCAGGCAUCCCCCCUAAUGAGUUCCAAUGGGUAGAUGUCAGGGAUGUUGCACUUGCUCACAUUCGCGCAAUCGAGGUCCCGGCGGCUGCUGGCAAACGGUUUCUAGCUGCCGCAGGGCCGUACAACAAUCAUCAAAUUGCGGCAAUUAUAAAGAAAAACUUUCCUAUGCUAGCCGAUAACCUUCCUGAACAGACUUCUGUCGCGGAUGGGCCUCCGCGAUUCGUCAUUGACAACGACCCGAUGAAGCGAAUUCUCGGAAUAUCCUUUAGGUCCUUCGAAGAUUGCGUCAUUGAUACCGUGAAGGCUUUACUCGAAGUGAAUAGUUAG